AACCUUAUAAAAGUGAUGAAAUUCUGUUUAUUUACGAAUAUAAUCAUAAAUUGAGCUAUUAUAAACAAAUAAUAGAAGUUCUAUGACGCAUAUUUAAAUAGUUUUAUAUACUGACAAAGUUUUGAACAAGUAAAAUGAGCGCUGAAAGUAUACCAAAACAUGCCAAAGUAAAAAAGCCUAUGAUUCAAGAUAAUGAAAGACAUAAUCAAGACAAAAGUCUUCACAAAUGUGGAGUUUGUGACAAAAGCUUUGCUAAAGCCUCAACUUUCUUCAAACAUUUAGAAAACCACACAAAAAAAGAUGCAGAGUCUUCGGAAGAACAUGCCCAAUGCUAUUUUGUAUGUGACAUUUGUGAAAAACAAUACACGGAUGUAACUGAACUCCUUACACAUGUCCGUGGACACAACAGGGACAAAGAAAAUGAAAACAUACUUGUCAAAGACAAGAAAAAGCCUAGCAUCCCCCUUGUAUCAAAAACAAACUCCACAACCUCGUACUCAUGUACAAGUUGUCUCAACGUCUUCCCGACUCUCAAUUCCUACAAAAACCACACCUAUAAAUGCUGGGAAAGAUCACAAUUAUGGAAAUGCCACAUAUGCAACAUGUUCGUAAGCUCGAGACACUCUUUGAAAAAGCAUUUAAGGAUUCACACAGGCGAAAAGCCCUAUCGUUGUGAUAUCUGUAAUAAAGCUUUUGCACAACAAGCCAUUUUGUCAAAGCAUCAAAGAGUGCACACGAAAGAGAAGCCUUUUGAUUGCAAAGUUUGCAAAAAGGCUUUUAGUCAGUCGGGGAGCUUAACUAGACAUAUGAGGAUUCAUAAUAGAGAUAAACCACAUGAGUGCGAGAAGUGUGGGAAGGCUUUUACGAGGUCUGAUGCUAUGGUCUCACAUAUGAAGAAUAACCAUUGAAUAAUAUAUAAUUUUAUUGUAAAAUGUAUGAAUUAUGAAAAUGAAAUAUAUAAAAAAACUUGAUAUGUACAUAUUUUUAAAAAUAAAACUCGAUAA